UCCACUACAUUGAUGAGGAAACAUCGACCUUCAUUCUUUAAGGAUGAUAUUAAAGAAUUCUUACUUGGGGAAGAGUUGAAUGUUUCCAUGAUACAAACAUUCAUGAGGCUAUUAUACAAUGAUGUGAGGCGAUCUAGUCAGCCAAUCUUUGGUUGGUUAUGUCCAAGCUUUGUACGAGAUGACAGUUGCGUACAAAACGAAAAAGAGGUGAAAGUAUAUCUCAAGGAUUCUUUGAACGCAUGUUCUCGUCUUGGAUAUAAGAUCGUUCUUCUUCCUUACAUUGAAUCGAACCAUUGGACACUCAUUGCAAUAUGUGUGUCAAGUAACGAAGUCUACCACUUUGAUUCUUUGCGUAAAGGAACAAUACGGUCCUUACUAGUCAAAUCAUUGUUAAAUAGUGUGAUGAAGAAGAUUACUUCAUCUGGACUUCGACAAGGAAAAGCUCCUGUUUGGUAUUUAGUCGAGUGUCCGGUACAAGAAGGUGGACUUGCGUGUGGGUAUUACGUCAUGAGGUUCAUGCUCGAUAUCGUCAACUAUUGCAAAGAUGUUGUUGAUCUUCGAAAGGUAUGUAACUUUUAGGUUUCCAAUUGUUGUUUGUUGUAUUUCCGGCCUAUUUUAGCCUUUUCGCUCCCAAAAUGUAGUUAUGAUGUGAUUUAACCUCAAAUUCUCUUUGA